GAUUAACAGCUGUGUAGGGGAGCAGAACCACCAGGCGUUCAUCCUUGCGCUCUCCUUCUUCAUGCUCACCGCUGUGUACGGGAUUACACUGACCCUGCACACCGUCUGUAGGGGCCGAACUCCCUUCAUGGCAUUGUUCUACUGCCCCGGGGCCUAUUCUGACUACAGCUCUGCUCUGUCGUUCACCUGUGUGUGGUACUGUGCCAUUGUAACAGCUGGCAUGGGAUACAUCCUCCUUAUCCAGCUGUUGAACAUCAGCUACAACGUGACCGAGAGGGAAGCUCGGCUGGCUCUGCGGGACAACACGGGGCGCAGGCUCCUGGGUGGGUUAGUGAUAGACACUGGCCAGUAUAACAGGGGUUUCCUAUGCAACUGGGGCCAUUUCUUGAGCCUGGGGUCUUCUCCUCCACAGCACUCUGCUGAAGACAUCGUGUGACACCCCUCCUGCUGCGGAUGACGUUGACUGACUUUCUUUAGCAGGGGAACGGCCCCUUCCACUAGAACUCCCUCCUCCCACACCCUUCCUUUGUGGUCGGUGUAUGGGCUGCCUGUCCGUUGCUGACAAACACCGGAGGCUUUCCCAGUCAGAACGAUUCUUUGCGUGCUGGCAGCCAGCAGCAGGAUGUGGAAAGCAGUGAGCCAUAUGAGCAAACCUGGAGAGAAGGAGCCUUUUCCCACUGUGGGAAACUGCGCAGGUCAGCUCGUCAGGAAGAAGAGCACAAGGUUUUUGAG